AUGUUCGACUUCAAUGCCGAUGCCAGACAGCGAAAAUGCAUGUGUCGACGGGUGAAACGUCUACUGAUCAAAGCUGCUGAGCGAAAGAAGCGGGGUGAUAAAGAAACAGAGGACAUACUCAUAACACCAAGUGCUCUCGAGAACAAUCUUCAACAUGGUCCCCUGGUCGAACUACUGAAAUGUCGAUGCAAUAUCUGCAUUCCCUUCACAAUCCGCACGCCACCAGAAGAUAAUGAUGUCCUCGCAAAGAAGAUUGCCACCAACGCAGAGCGACGGAAGCUUACCGCGGCGCUUGCAUUUAUUGGAGGAACAUUCGCCUUAAGGCACUUAGACGAGCAUCGCUUCGACUCUAUAGAAGUUACUCUGAACAACAUGCGCGAUCGCCAUGACCUCAUCCGCGAGCUUUUUGGCGCGAUUGGAAAGAAUCGAGCUUUCGAAGACUGCAAACACACACCCAGGCACACUUUAUCCACCAAUCCUUUCUGCCUAGCCGAAGACUUCGUCGAGCAACUAAACAACAAUGCAACGUGGCUGAGGAUACCCAGCUUCCAGGCUGACAAUUUGUUUCAGCGGUUCAGCAGCCGGCAGAAUAUGCCUUGGAUCGAGGAAACGCUACUUCCCAUCGGCAAUCGUGAAGCUGGACGCAGCUUCUAUAAGUUCAAAAUCUGCGAUUCUUUCUGCGAUGAGAAUCUUAAACAACGCCCACUAUUUCGGAAACAAAUCGACUUAUUAGAUGAAGAGUCUGUCCGGCGGGCAACUCAAGAAAAAGACGUACUCCAAGUUCUCAAAGAGCUUGCGCAUCAUAGCAUAGCAGAGGUUUUGUUCGCUUACCAGGAAACGGUUCCGCCUCGUUUGAGUCUGGCUUUCGAUUUCCAUCCCCUUGAUCUUGACAAGAUACUAUUUCCCAGAGCAGGGGGAGAAUCAAUACUACAGGAGUACGACAGACCAUAUCGAUUUCCUGGUUCUAUCCUCGAUCACUGGCUAUGGGUGGGUCUGUUGGACAUCUUUGAUGCCGUGGCCAAUGUGCAUGAACCACUGCUGCCCUCCCUACACACCGAUGCCAAAUCGAAGUGGGUCGGCGCGCAUUUCGACAUCAAACCUGGAAACAUCAUUAUCACCGCAGAAGGUCGAUUUUUGCUCACUGACUUUGGCCUAACAUACUUCAAACUACUGGACGUCGAACGUGAGCAAGAAACGAACUUUACAACUACACCGGGAACACGCAUGUACGCUCCCCCAGAUGGCUACAGCAAGUUAAAAGCCAUGCAAGCUGAGAAGAAUAACAAUCUGGUCAAGCAAAAAUGGUGGAACAGAGAUUACGAUGUCUGGUCUUUGGCGUGUGUAGCUUCUGAAUUGUUAGCGUACUUGGUUAGGCACCCGCACGACGAUAGUCCCGUCAAAUUUCGGAAGGAGAGGGACCAAGAGAUCGGUUUCGGCUUUUGGACCAAGGAUCGGAAUGACGACGAAGUUACGAAACAAGCUGUCCUCCGGCGACUAGACAGCUAUCUCAAAUCCUCUGACGAAUAUCUCCAAAUUGUCGCUCAACAACUUCAGAAGAUGUUCUCAAUGAAGCGAAGCGCUCCCAUGACUGUAAAAGCAUGUCAUAGCGCUCUAUCUUUGGGUUUAAAGAUCGAUCGCCGUAUUUUACAGGACCGUCAGGAUCGAAGCGUUGCGGGGCCCGGUACCUACUCUCAUCUCAGGGAUUUGCGCACCUCUUUUUCCACCGAGAGGAUAAGUUCACCCUUACGCUGCUGUCUGUAUCUAUGGGAAAAUGUCUCAUCGGGAAAGUUGAAACUGGAAAUCGAAUUCUCUGGAUCGGAUGGAGAGACCUUCAUCGUGCAAAGCUGCGCUAAUGUGAAAACGGAAGAUUUCUUAGCUCUUUCGAUGUUUGACCCCGACCAGAUCUACGAAAAUAAUGUUCUUCAUACAAACAGUAGUUUUCUGGAUUGUUCUUUCAGGUCUAUGCAUGAUGGCUUCAAGUUCCAUUUCGCCAGACGUGCUGACUACCAUCAUUUCUUCGGCGCAGUAACACAUCAGCAUAUUGAAAUUGGAUCGGAAUUCCGAUUUCGUCGAUGCAAGAUUAAGAUCAAAAGUAGGAACUAUUUCUCGUUUAAAAAAGAAGCACGGGAGGUACUUUUCAAAGAGAAACAGGACGUCCACAAUGGCCAUCUCCACAUUCUAAGGGAGCUGCGAGACGACGCUUAUCAAAAGAUCUAUAUCGAUGAAGACACUCGCAGCAAGACAGUGAAAGAGCCACAGAGGGUCAAUGAAAUAUCUUCAAGGGAUUCAUCAGACGCCAUGUUUGGGGCUCAACGGCGACAACAAUCCAAGGACCCUGUUAGGUAUAGGUUGGCAUUGUACCUCUGUGAUCAAGUGCCUGCGCUGGUACUUGUCUCCCUCAAUCAUGAGAAUGCUUUCCACAUCAAUUUCAAUAAUAUGGAUCGACCUUAUCCGCGCAUGGAACUAAGGAACCGGAGUGGCAUGGAUAUAUGGGGUACGGUCGUACGGGCGCCUGCCUCUGUCCCAGGAAUUCCAUUGAACCCCAAGACUAUCACUCAAGACAUUGAGGGAUCAGGGAGGACGAGUUUCGAGUUGGUCGAAAUAGAAUUUUAUAAUAUGCAUGACAGUAGCAAUUUUGAGAAAUGUUAUCAGAAGCUCAAGGGUGCUGACGAGUAAUCUGAAAGCAGAAUGAACUUCAGUAGCCAUAGAACCUCGACUCAGGAGCAUGUCUUCAUGUGCCAUUUCCGGGGAAGUAAGAGCCGCUUGCGAUUCUCUCGAACACCGGCCUACGCCAUGCGCGACUCCAUGGUAAGUCUUCCUUUGUUAACGCUUCCAACAUGUGAUUGAGCGCUCAUUAUAGUGCAUCGGGUCCUCAUUAGCCAGUACGUAGACUUCGCAAUCUCACAACGAAUCAAGCUGCGGAUCUUGGGUUAUCGACAUUAGACACUGAAUCUGUUUUGAAAGAUUUACCCUGUGGUCAAUUAUCCAGAUGUGACGUAUGUGAGCGAAUCUGAUACAGGGACGGCUCGCUCGCGCUAGACAAUGCCAUGCUUCCCGUAUUACGAGCGGUGCUUGACCAGAUACGAGUGCUGUCUGAUUACUUUGGUGUGCAGAUGAUACUACACAAACCCCAUCCAUCGUGUGAAGCCAAAGCUCAUCUCUCUCAAG